AAAGAAUGUUAUUUCCAGGAUGCCUCUAAGCACCAGGAAGCAGGGAUUUACAUUAUUGAAGAGCAUGUCGAGACGCAGUGAUCGUUUGCAAGCCAAGCAGGCAAAAUCAGAGGGACAAAAGGAUGACACUAUUCAGUCAAAGAAGAGGAAACCUGAAGAAUGCAGUGAUCAUAACCAUGAAACGGAAGUGAGCAAGAGACGGCGACAGUUCCAGAUACAGAAUUGCUGGACACCCAUAGUACCCGGAGGUGUUAGUCCUUGCAUCCUUAUCCCCACACCCCACAAAGAUGCUGAUAUCACUGAAGAUUUUUCCAGGUUCUCUCAGUAUAGGUUUAAAAACCUAUUCCUAACCAAAUCACCUCUACCGCCUCUCAGCUGGGGAAACUCUGAAGAUGUAUGGUCGAACAUGUUGAGAAAAGAAAUCCAGUAUAUCCACAGCAAAAACGUUCUCUCGCCACAUCCAUCCUUGCAGCCGAAAAUGAGAGCAAUUUUACUGGAUUGGCUCAUAGAGGUUUGCGAGGUCUACGUGCUCCAUAGAGAAACCUUUUACCUUGCUCAGGAUUUUUUUGAUCGGUUCAUGGUUACUCAAGAGAAUAUUCAUAAAAGCAAGCUGCAACUCAUUGGCAUCUCCUCACUCUUUAUUGCUGCAAAGCUGGAGGUAAGCACAUAUUCACUGGCUGGCCUGGAAUGGGACAGCAUUUCUGCAUGUUUUAACUGGAUGGUCCCUUUUGCUAAAACCCUGAAUGAAGGUGAUCCAUUAAAAUUAAGAGAUUUCAAGCAAGUGGCAGAUGACGAAAGACAUAACAUUCAGACGCAUACUAAGUACUUGGAAUUGCUGGAGGAAGCACACAUUAAGAAAGCAGAGCGUACUGCAAGGCUAUCCCCUGUGUCUAUAGGAGGAAUCUUGACUCCACCUAAAAGCACUGAGAAACCAUUGCCUAGUUCAACAUAUUGAAUGGAUGAACAUACUGGAAGAGAAAGAAGCUAGGACAAAGUAUUGGAGAACUGUGGAAUUGCAUACUGUAAGCGUGGGCUAUAUUACUGCCAUAAAAGGUAUCUAGAAACUUGAGCAGACCAAAGUUUUUAACUUUAUUAAAAAAAACUACAGCAAUGCAUCAUCUGAUGUUUUUAAUUUGUUUUAAAGAGUAAGCAAGCUAGGUACUAGCAUCAGAUUAACACUUUGCUUCUGCCCAAGAGACUAACCUAUUGAGACUAUUUGGGGAAGGGGAAUAACUAACAAGAGCCAGUGAAGGUCAUUUGAUGGUAACCAUAUGUUCUAUUCAAUCUGCACAUCAAGGUGACUUGUGCCAAUCCAUUUAAUUACAAUUACUUUAUUCAGAAGAAAUGUGAAAGCCUGUUAAUUCUGUUGUGGAGUUGAAAAGCCAGUGGACAGUUUCAUCAGAAAUUCCAGAAAACAGCUGUGAGAUUUGAAAUCUAGGCAGAAAGUUUUAUGAAACUGAAACUGCAAAACUAUAUUUUAGAUGGGAGAUUGAAUCUGAGGGAGCAAAGAGUUGCCUUUCAUGUUUACAGAGGAGGGGGAAGACAUCUUACAACCAGCUUUCAUUUGUCUUUCUCCUCCUAAUAUUUCAGUUAUAGUUCAGCACAUUGUUGAAGGACCUCAUUCAUCAAGGAUGUAUGUUUUUACAUAACAUCUUUAAGCUACGACUGAAUGAUAAAUGCUCACGUGGAUGAAAUGUCAGUCAGUGUAGGGAAAUCUUAAUCUACUUUCAACUACAUUCCAAUAUGUACACAAUGUUUGGAACGAUUUUGAAGCAUGCUGGCACUGUAAUUAAUUGUACAUACAGUUUUUGUACUUUAACUUUAAAAUGCAGGGCUACAUUAUUUGGACCUGUACUGGUGCUGUUUUUCUCUUUUCAGGAUGGUUAAAUACUGGACUCUAAGCAUAUGAUUAAAUGGGGUAGUGGUUUCUUGCUGAGGGCGAUGUAAUCUGCAACUACAUACAUAUGUUGUGCAGAUAUGCAAGUGGAUAAAGUUCAGUUUGAGCUCUAAUUUGUAUAUACAGCAAUGUCUAAAU